GACGACAGACAAUACAGUUAGAAUGUUUGGUGAUGUAGGUUAAGAUGUAGUUCCAGUUAAUAGUAAAAACAAGAUGAGAAAUAUUAAGAUAGUGACAUGUAUCAGUUUACUGAUCAGUAUAUUGAGCUGUGGUAUUGUAGCUCAAAAUAAUCUCAAUACACCAGAUAACUAUGAAUUUUAUAUGGACAGCUCUUCAGAUUGUAAUGGCCCCACCAGAAAUGUGUAUGAUGCAAGAGCCACUAUUAAGGGUCAGGGAGCAUUACAAACAGGUUCUGGUCCAACAUCAUGUACAAUAGCUUUAAAAACAGAGAAACCUUAUGAAUUGGCAGUAUUUAAAAUAGAAAUUAGAGCAUUACAGAUAGCAGAUUGUGGUGUCAGAUUCACUAUAUAUGAUGGUGAUGCUGGUAUCAAUCAUUUGGCUGCCUUUGAUUGUAACUUUGGUAAACAACCCAAUAUGCAACCCUUUACAACUAGUGGUGAUAAAGUUACAUUUGUAUUAAGUAGAGAAGAUAUCCGUAACACCCAAUAUGAUAUAGAAGUAGUCGCUACACCUUUAGUUGCUGGAAGAGAUCCUGGAUAUAGCAAUGGAGAUGGUAGUGACUAUGGAUACAAUUACCAUAGAAAAUUUCCAACAGAGGCAAUAGUUGGUAUCGUUGGAGGUCUCUUCGCAAUCAUUUUGAUCAUAGCCAUCAUUGUUGGUGUUCAUUGUUAUAGAAAACAUAAAGGAAUGAACAGAAAAUGGGAACAGCAACCACUAUCUUACAUCAAUACACCAUCUAACUUUGAUACAGCAUCUAAAAUAUCCAAAACAGAUUUAUCUGAAACAAGCAGUGUUUGGGCAUCAGAAGUUUCCAAAACUCCUGCCUAUAAACCAGCUUAUGCCAGAUCUAAAUCACGAUCUCGUCCUGACUUUGAUGAUGAUGCAGAUAGUGUGUCAUUCAAGCGCUCAUAUAGAAAUGGUUCACUGCGUACUGGAGGAAGACGGUACCGCAGUCAGGAAUUUCGACCACCUGGUUAUAAUACAGCCACUAAAAAUUCUCGAAGAAAUUAUGAUGAUGAUGCCAGAUCACAGGACAGCAUGAUUGAUCAUGAACCUCCAAUCAAACAUAAGGAGAGAGAAAACAGACCACAAUCAACCUCUAUAGGACUUGAUCCUAUAGACACAGAAGAUACUGAAAGAGAAGAAGAACAAACUGAAUCUGAAGUUAAUGAUGAUCAGAGUGAGUCAAGACGGGAAGAAGACCAAGUUGAAGCUGAAGAUGAAGGACUAAGUCCAAAAGCUACUCGUCCAAAGCCUGCUGUACUUCCAAAACCAGUGCCACAUCCAAGAUCACACUCUGUCAACCCACAAACACAAGAAGUUCCACCCGAAAUGAUUCCAGAUCCUAGAAUACAAUCAGCUCCUCAGUUUAUGGCACCUCAGCAGUAUUACCCAUAUGGGCAGAUGCCGCCACAACAACAAUUUAUUCCUGUACAGGCAAUGCCAUAUGGUAUGCAACCUGUUCCUGUUGGUUAUCCUCAACCAGUUUAUCCUACUCAGGAUAAAAUGCAAUCAGAACCAGCGUUGGUACCGACUAUGAAGCCAACAGACCCCCCUGUAUAUAGUUAUUUAGUCCAGAGAGGGUAUACCCCACUGGAUGGUCGUCAGUCUCCAGCUAGCAGCCAACAAUCAGUAGGAAGUCAUCAUUCUGGUGCCAGAUUACUUAAAGAUGAACCUGCUGAUUCCGGACAAAUAAGUAGUGGUGUGGAAUUUAUGAGACGAUAAAUUUUUAAAAUGUCUACCAGAAAAAAAAAUAAAGAAAUGUCUCGCUUAGACAAUUAUAUUGUUACAUACCACAAUUCAUAAACAUUCCAAAAUCAAAAUCAUUUCACGAAAAAGAGUUUUGUAAUUUGUAAAAAAGUAAAUUGCAUAUAGUGUAAUAAAUAGGAAAGCAGAUUUUUGAAGUCUGGAGAGUUUUGUAUUGAACGCCCUUAUUCCAUUACUCUUGUUAUUUGUUUCUUGAGUAAAAGUCCUAUCUAUUUGAUUAAAGGUAGUUAGGUUGAAUACUGCUUGAACCUACAGGUAGCUUAAAACAACAGUCAAUGGGAUUGUAUAGAGGUUUCUUUGGGUGUGUGACACUUAUAGCAUCGAUUUGCACCAAAAAAUGCUUAUUAUAGAGUACAAAAGUAAUUGCAGGAACCCCAAAAAGUUGGCUUAGAUGUUAGAAUCUAUGCUAACGUGUUGAAAACUUUAAAAACUAAAUUUGAGCUUUAUGCAUUAUUUUUUAUAUUAGAUGAGGGUUGCUUUUAAUUGCUGUCAAAAGACAAAAUAUGUUUUUAUAGAGUGUCUUGGAUAACUUAAAUUCUUAAAUUAUUAUUGGAAUAUUGGAGUAGCCAAUUGAAUUGACUAGAUUUAGCAACAUAUUUUAACAUAUAGCAUAAAUUUGUAUUAUUUUUUAUAAAGACAAUUUCCCCUGAAAUCCCCAGAAUAAUGAUAUAUAUUUGUAGGAUAUGUUUAGAAUAAUUAGUAGUAUCACAAAUUCCGAUUAAUUUAUAAAUAUGUCUUUGAAAAAUUAGCAUAUGUAAUGCUCUUAAGAGAAGCUUUUGUUUGAUUUGAAGAUAAAUCUUUUCGAUUUAGAUUUUGAAAUUUAUAUCUGUCAUUUCUCAUCAUCUUUUAGAUUGAUUAAUAUUUGAAUAUAUAAAAUUUAGGUUAUGAUUUAUGAUUCAUUUUUCCUUCUUUUAAAACGAAAUAGUAUAUCUUGAUUAUUACAGUCUAUUGAAACCCAAUAGAUCCAUGAUGUUGGUUUUGUAUAUAGAAGCUGUUGAAUUUGUAUAAAUUUGCUAUCCAUCAUCAUUCCCUUGCACAAUAUAUUAUUUAUAAUAUAUAAAAGUUUUCACCUGAUAUGCGAUGACUUAAAAAUCUACAAUAAGUCAAACAAAUCAUAAUGACAAAAUCAAUCAUUCAAUCAUUAUUGUUAAUAUAAGGUAUCACUAUAUUAUAAUCAUUUUUAAUAAAGAAAUUUUAUAUUCCACU